AAAACAAGUUCGUGCGCAUGCUAUUCCUUGGUGGUAACUUUAAGCAGAAUGUCGACUAAAGGGGAGUAUGACUGCAUCGUGAUCGGGGCCGGAGUUCAGGGCUCCUUCACGGCUUAUCAGCUGGCAAAAAAGAACCAGAGGACUCUUCUGCUGGAGCAGUUCGUCCUGCCCCACACCCGAGGGAGCUCCCAUGGCCAGACCCGCAUCAUCCGCAAGGCCUAUGAGCAAGACUUCUACACCCACAUGAUGGAGGAGUGCUAUGAGCUGUGGACCCAGCUAGAGAGGGAGGCUGGUGUCAAACUGUACAGGCAAACAGGACUCCUGGUAAUGGGACCAGAGAGAAGUCAGAGUUACCAGAUGGUUAAGAACACCCUGCAGAGGAACAAGGUUCCUAUGAUGAUCCUGAGCAGCGACAACUUCAGUCAGCACAUCCCCCAUGUCAUCCUGGCUGAGGGAGAUGAAGCAGUGGUAGACAUAACUGCUGGAGUACUGUAUGCUGACCGUGCACUCAAGGCUGUACAGGGGCAGUUUCAGAAGUUGGGUGGGGUCAUAAGAGACAAAGAGAAGGUAAUGGACAUCAAGCCUGGGCCUGUUGUGACAGUGUCAACCUCCAAUGGUGUUUAUCGAGCCAAGCGUGUGGUGAUCACCGCUGGACCCUGGGCUAAUCAACUGCUGGCCCACACUGGCUUACAGUUGCCACUAGAGGUGGUGAAGAUUAACGUGUGCUACUGGAAAGAGAAGGUUCCCGGAUCAUACAACGUGAAGCAACGCUUUCCUUGCUUCUUGAUGACUGAGGGCAAGGAAGCCAAAGAGCACAUCUAUGGCCUUCCAUCCAACGAGUACCCAGGCCUGGUGAAGAUAUGCUACCAUAUGGGCAGUGAGACCGACCCAGACCAGAGAGACAAGCAAACUGACAGGUCUGAUAUUGACAUCCUGCAGCGCUACAUUGCCCGCUGUUUGCCUGGCCUGGUCCCUGAACCUGCUGUGGUUGAGAGCUGCUUGUAUACGCUAACGCCUGACCGUCAUUUCGUGCUGGACUGCCACCCCACCUACAGCAACAUUGUGUUUGGAGCAGGAUUCUCAGGUCACGGCUUCAAGUUUGGACCAAUCAUUGGCAAGCUCCUGUGUGAACUCACCCUGGGAGAAGUGCCCUCCUAUGACCUUUCACCUUUCCGAAUCAGACGCUUCCAGGCAAUGACAAAAUCAGCAUUAUAGAACUGAGACUGGAUACUCAGAGCAUCAACAUAGCAUCACCAAGUCUUAUCUUAUUAUAAAUGUAGUGUGAUUUUCACUUGUCAUUGUAAUUCAGCCCCAUAAUCACAAAUGAUGUAUGCUUUGUCUGCCGGUUUAUUUGAUGUGGUCAGUAUGUGUUUCCAUCUCCACAUGAUGUGAUCAGGCAUGAAAGCACUCAGGCGUCUUUGGGCCCUAUCUCACCCGGUGCAAAGUGGAGCAGAUGGCAGCAUAACUGUCAUUACUAGUUUUAGACCAACACAGUUGUCACUUUCAUAGCCAGUGUCCACAUGUUGUCAGUAGCAAAUGUACUUGCGCCCAUCUGUGCAUCCAUGGGCGUGUAGGUCUUACCCCCAAAUUCCACCAGAUGCGUGUUGGUUGCGUCUGCGCUCUGGAGCGGCAGUGGAGCUGCUACGUUUCAAUUCUAGUCAAUGUGUGUGCUUCCACCCGCUGCGGCUGUGCUGCGUGCCGGCUCCGUCACAGCUGCGGCGCUCCGGAGCCCUCCGCAACAGAUACGCAGGACUUCUAUUUUUACCAGACAACGGAACACAACGCAGCAAUUCAGCACGGAGCAGAUCGUGCGGGGCAGGAAGUUGUGCACAGAAAAUAAAAUACACAGUGCUCACGGCGGAUCAUGUUUCCCUGCACUACACCUUGAAAACAUCACAAUGGGCGGAGGCAGGCCUGAAGUCAGCAGGUCAGAGGUUUUCAGAUGUCAUUUCACCCCGUUGACACUAGGCUUGUGCCGGUUUGAAAAUUUUCCAAUCGGUUUGAUUUAAAGCCAAAUAUCUAACCGAACCGAUAUAUCGAAUUAUAUACCUAAUUUGAGCUGUUUUUCCAAAUAAAAGCCCAUUAUAGGUGUAAUGCGCUUCCAACCCACUAGGUGGUGAUAAUGCUGUACACAGACGGCCCAGUCCUCCCUCCCAGCAGCAGUCAGAGCAGGAGAUGUUAACCCCUCCAUGUCCAGACUGCAAGUGAAUCGCGCAUGCGCGGAACCGCCACUGGCUGAUCUAUCGCUCUGAUCCCGACCUGGUUUACAGUCAGGGCGGGAUGUAAAUGUAAAUUAGUCGAUGACGUCAUUUAGCGACUUCUAGCGACUUUUAGGACAGCCAAUAGCUACUUUUCUUACUGAGGAGUUGGCAACAGUGCUGCGGAGUCCGCAGUCUGCGGAUCCUCUGAGACAAACUAAACAAAACACUUGUAGGCUCCUCCACUUCAUUUAAAAACAUACAUAAACCUUAUUAAGUUGUCAUAAUGCAUGUUACAAUGCAAGAUAAGUUGAAUAUAGUCCCUUGACACGCCGCUGAUGUGAAAAGCCCCCCCCCCCCCGACCCGGUUUAUCCGGUUGACGUGAAUUAAACCGGGUGGAGUUCUUAAACCGGACCGAACCGGUUAAACCAUAAAUCGGCACAAGCCUAGUUGACACCAUGGACGAGAUGUUAAUCAUGGAGGUGCACCAAGAUGUCUUCCUGCUACUCCUCUGGUUUUGUGGUUCUGUUUAUAGAAACUACAUCUUGUUAUAUCGCGCAAUUAUGUGUGAAUUGGGUCGUGGGUCCUCGUGACUCCCGCUGUCCAGCGGAGCUGCACUGCUCCGCACAGCAAACGCAGCCGGUGGGGAUUGACGGACAUCCAGUGGAAUUCCGGCGUUAAAAUGAAGUGUAGUCUGCAGCACUGUUGGCGUAUUGCUGCUUUGAGACAGCAGAAAGCGACUGCGCCAUCGACCAACAAAAAACGGUUCUAAAGUCAGAAUGGUGCAGUAGUUUCUUGCUGUAUAAAGGGGUCAUUAUUCACAUUAUAAGAUGUGCCUACAUAGGCAGGUUCACAACAGGCGAACACUCUGCUUGUUACGCUCACAGGAAUGCGCAUAUGGGUUACAGGUGGGUGAAAUAAUUCAUCUUUAAUGAGGAAAAUAUUAAUGACAUUCUCUAAAAUGUGAAUGUAGCAGAGAUCAGAGCAGAGCUGCUGUCCAACUUCCUGCUGCAUUUACACAUGAGGAGCAGUGUAACUUCAGUGAUUUUUUCAGAUGAUUAAAGUGUAGUUCUGUUUUCUCUGUCAAGUUUCUAACUACAGUUUUUACUUUUGCUGCUUAAAAGGACCACGAUAUUUGCAGCAGUGAGAUCACUGCUCUUACUGCAUCACUCUCAGCAGAAAACCACUCACUGCUCCAAUGUGCCGAAUCCACCAUGUAAACAAACAGCAGUGCAAGCACAACUGGCAUUUAAAGGGAAUGGGAGAUGACACUCUGAUGUUAUACCCAAAACACACCAAUGUUUAGUUAGGGGACUAAAUACAACUCCUUUGCACCCUGUGCUUUACAGUGCGCCCAGAUUAUGAGCUGUUUAUCAAGUAAAAGUGGAGAUGGACACGCCCUAAAUUCACUUGCAUUAUGCACUUUAGACCAUGUGCUAUAUUAUCAUUUAAAUAGGGCCCUGUGUACUUAUAUGAUCUUGCAUAAACAGGUAACAAUUGGAACUCUGCAGUAAUCUGAAAAUUUUGGGAACCAAGUUCAUUUGUUGUCUUGUCGGGAGUGAGAUGAGAAGAUUGAACCCACUCUCGGCGCUGUAUGCUAAAUAUGAAGACAGACAGAAGGCAAUUAAUCUUAGCUCAGCAAAAACACUGGGAGCACAGGGAAACAGCUAGCUUGGUUUUGUCCAAAUUUUUAGAAAAUCUGCUCUACCAAAAUUUUUACAUUUAGCUAAUUACUGUAAUUCAUGUUUAUUUAAUUCAUCAACUACCAGAAAUAAAAAAUUAAAAAAUGGCAUGUUAUGGUUUUACAUGUGCUGAAGAGAAGCACCAUGUACAGGAGAGACCUGGUUUCUGUAAUUCAUGUAGCAGGCAUUAGAGAAACCUGAUUCCACAGCUAGUUCUCCUGGAGAGAGCUGAUUUCUUGGCUAUAUAUAGCCUACUGUACAUGUAACCAGGUUUAUAUUCAACUUUAACAUGUAUGCAUGUGCAUGACAAAGACUUCAGACAAAGAAAUUAUCACUAUAAUGGCAGCAGGAUGAAAGGAAAAAAUAUAUAAAUAUAUAAUUUAGCAAUACAAACUUUUAUUCAAAAUAAUUAUAUUUGAAGUGUGGCUAAAACUGAAACUGAUUCUGAUUCUAAAGUAGCUUAAAUGGUAAAUUGACCUGCAUUUGUAUAGUGCCUUUCUAUGCAUCUGACCCCUCAAGGUGCUUUUUACACUAUGAGUCACAUUCACCCAUUCACACACACAGUCAUGCGCUGGUGGCCGAGGCUACCAUGCCGGGCGUCACCUGCUGCUCAGUUUUUAGCACACUUACACACCGACGGAGCAACCACUGGGUUCAGUAUCUUGCUCAAGGACACUUUGGCAUGCGGAAUGGAGAAGCUGGGGAUCAAACUGCUGAUCUUCUGAUUGGUGAACAACCUGCUCUUGACAUUAAACAUAUACAGCUCA